ACUGAUCUUCUGCUUCACAUCAUUCUCAGUUCUCACUCAAUUGCAUGCUCCCUUCUCUUUCAAAAUCCGUUUCCUUCAAUCCCGUUCCCAAUCACAACCACUCCCACUCGUGAUUUCACAGAACAACCUCUUUUCACCUCCAAGACUCAAUCUUUUUUAAUGAUUUCGUGCUCAUAAUUUGGGGAGAAAGAGAGAAAUCGACGAAAAUGGGCGGCUGUUUCAGCAAGAAGGAUCACCACAGCCGAGAUUUGAACAGCUACACACCAGAAAAAGCGACCAAUUAUCAAAAACCACAAACCAAUUUCGAAAACCGCGCCAUCCCUGAGAGGCGGCGCCACCACCCGCCGCCGCAAGCUCAGCAACCGCCGCCGCCGCCAAUUCCAGCACCCCACGCCCCAAAUCAGAAAUUGGAGCCGAAUAACAUACUUGGGAAGCCGUUCGAGGACGUGAAGUCGAAGUACUCGAUCGGGAAGGAAUUGGGGAGGGGCCAAUUUGGGGUGACGUACGCGUGCACGGACGCGGCGACGGGGCGGCAGUACGCGUGCAAGUCGAUCCUGAAGAGGAAGCUGGUGAGCAGGAGCGACAGGGAGGAUAUGAAGAGGGAGGUCCACAUCAUGCAGCAUUUGAGCGGCCAGCCCAACAUAGUGGAGUUCAGGGGCGCCUACGAGGAUCGCCACUCGGUGCAUCUCGUCAUGGAGCUCUGCGGCGGCGGGGAGCUCUUCGACAGGAUCAUCGCCAAGGGGCAUUACUCGGAGAAGGAUGCCUCUGAUCUCUGCCGCCAGAUUGUGAAUGUGGUGGACCACUGCCAUUUUAUGGGGGUGAUGCAUAGGGAUCUCAAGCCUGAGAAUUUCUUGCUUUCGAGUAAGGAGGAGAAGGCUAUGCUUAAAGCUACUGAUUUUGGCCUCUCUGUCUUCAUUGAAGAAGGAAAGGUGUAUCGGGAUAUAGUUGGUAGUGCAUACUACGUCGCUCCUGAAGUGUUGAAGCGAAGUUAUGGAAAGGAAAUGGAUGUAUGGAGUGCUGGUGUUAUUUUGUACAUCCUCCUAAGUGGCGUGCCUCCUUUUUGGGCUGAAACUGAAAAGGGCAUAUUCGACGCUAUACUGAAAGAAGAAGUUGAUUUUGUCAGCCAGCCAUGGCCUUCCAUAUCAAACAGUGGGAAAGACCUUGUUCAUAAAAUGCUGACAAAGGAUCCAAAAAAGAGAAUUACUUCAUCAGAAGUUCUAGAGCACCCGUGGAUUAAGGGACAAGCAUCAGACAAGCGGAUCGAUAGUGCAGUUCUCUCCAGAAUGAAGCAGUUCAGGGCAAUGAAUAAGCUCAAGAAGCUUGCAUUAAAGGUCAUAGCACAAAGUUUAUCCACAGAAGAAAUCAAAGGUCUUAAAGCUACAUUCAAGAAUAUAGACACUGACAAUAGCGGCUCAAUCACUUACGAAGAAUUGAAAUCUGGAUUGGCGAGGCUUGGGUCAAAAUUGUCAGAAUUCGAAGUAAAACAACUCAUGGAAGCUGCUGAUGUAGAUGGAAAUGGGACCAUCGACUAUGAAGAAUUUAUAACUGCUACAAUGCACAGACAUAAGCUGGAGAGGGACGAGCAUCUUUUCAGCGCAUUUCAGUACUUUGAUAGGGAUGGCAGUGGUUAUAUUACAAGAGAUGAACUGGAAACUGCUAUGAAGGAGUAUGGUAUGGGGGAUGAGGGAAGCAUCAAGGAAAUAAUUUCAGAGGUGGAUACAGAUAAUGAUGGGAGGAUCAACUAUGAGGAGUUCUGUGUAAUGAUGAGAAGCGGAACACAACAACCGGGAAAGCUCUUUUAGAGGAUCAAGUCACGACCGUGCUUUUUCACCAGAUGUUCGUGGUUGAGCUCUGCCGCGAGGUAUUAUUAUUCACUUGGUUGUUUUCUUCAUCUAGUUUGGUGCAUAAGUUUUUUUAUGGUGUAAUUUUGUAACAAGAGAUAUGAGCAAAGCUAGAAAUGCUUAUGGUUUUACUAUGUAAUUACACUGAAAAAGGAAAAAAUAAAGUAAAACAUCAUUGUGAUGGCUUUAUCA